AUCUAAUCUGUGUGUUCUGUCUGUGUUGAUGAAAAAAUAUUGCAGUCGCGAUUUUAUUUACUUAAUUUCACAAUUUCAGUCUUUUUCGUGCAAAUAAUGUGUUAAAAACUUACCACAAUGGAUUACGCUACAAUAUGUAGAUGCUGCAUGUCGCAGCAAAGUACCAAACAAUUGAAUUUCACUUACAAAAACAGCGACGGAGAGUUCGAAAACUUCAGCGAUGAUUUGUUGGAAUGUUUUAACAUUUGGGUGACAGAGACAGAGUUGCCAAGCCACAUCUGUAACUCGUGCAUCCAGAAGCUGCAAGACGCUCUGGACUUCAGGAAAAUGGUGAUCAAAAGUGACGAGGAGUUCCUGAGAUUGAUAGAGCAGGGAGUUGUGCCGUGUACAGUACCUAGCAGAGUAACAGACAAUUAUGAUGAUGAUGAUGAUAUGAACGACGAGACAGAAUCUAUUCAUGUGGAAGCAAAGCAAAAUGAUGAUGAAAAAAAUGUACCUAACAUUUUACUAACUACUGUUAAAGUCAAACAAGAAGUCGUACAAGAGACUGCUGAUGAUGAUAAUGAAAUGAAUGACACACGGGAUUAUUCAACAAAUUAUGGAAGUGUAAAUGUAUUGGAAAAUAAGAACACUAUUGAAGUUCCAGUGAAAUUUGAAAGUCCACCAGCAGGUCCCGCAGUUGCGCCACCGAUGGGGCCGAGCCUACACUUCCUGUUCAUGUCGACCACCGUCAAGCCAUUCCGCUGGUCCUACGGGGUGUUCCAGUGCUUCUACUGCAAGGCAUCCAGCACCGACUACAUACGUAUCCGGACACAUGUAGACACUCACAAAUGCUCCACCGAAGACAUCACAACACUCACCAACAGCGGACUACCCAUCAAACUAGACAUCACUAAUAUAACUUGCAAUGUUUGCCGAAAACCCUACGAGACACUGGCCGAGUUGAUCAAACAUUUGAACGGGAAGCAUAGUUUGGGGUUUGACUAUGAUGGAGUAACUUUGGAGGAGUACAAAGUGGUUCAUUUGAAGUGUCAUCUCUGUGUGAACUCGUUUGGUGAUUUCAACUCGCUGCACGCCCACGUUCUGCAAACACACAAGUUCACAUGUCCCGAGUGCCAGCGAGUGUUUUACAACAAGCAAUUCCUGUUUAACCACAUGACACAGUUUCACAAAGUCGUUUUCUGCACGACCUCAUUCAAAUGCAAGUUGUGCAAAAUAAAAUUCCAGACUAAAGAUCUCUUAGACGCACAUUUCGAAAGCCUCCACCUGACUCCGAGCCUCACAGGGUACAAAGUGCUACCAACUAACGAUCAAGGAUACAUGCAAUGCCCUGUUUGUCACAAUAAAUUUUCGUCGGAGAAAAAUUUGCAAAUCCACAUCGACAAGUUUCACGUUCAGUGUAAGUCGUGCUCGCGCUUGUUCGACUGCUCGACGACGCUGGAGCGCCACCUGGCGGAGGCGCACGGCGACGACGGCGCGACGGAGAGCGAGGACGCCGGCUCCGACGAGAUGGAGUUCGCAGAACCAGACUCAUCCAAAUCUAAUCGAAACUCAUCAAAGACUGGAUCUCGCUCGCUAAGGCGCCGACUCAAAGCCAACGUCGCCACUCUGCUCAACAUGAGCUCCGCCCUUCCCUUCACGUUUCGCUACACGAAAUUCCUCUGCUUCUACUGCAAAGAUCCAUUCCCAGACCCCGAGUCUUUAGCAUCACAUACGACGGAAAACCACCCGGUGUGGGAUGCGGAUAUUGUCAACUUGUCCGCAGCAAACUUCAGAUUGAAGUUAAACGUGUAUAACUUGCGUUGUAAAGUCUGCGAGGAACAGCCGGCAGAUAUAGAUAAACUGUUAGCUCACCUCACGAGUCUACACGGUGUUUCUUUCGACCCGGGACUCAGGCCUUGUCUAGUUCCGUUUAGGUUAGCUCCGGGCAAGAUGGAAUGCGUCCACUGCCCCGGACUCGAGUUUCAGUACUUCAACUUACUGCAUCAACACUUCAACUCCAUGCACGGGCAAGAGAAUGAAGUCUGCGAUCACUGUGGCAAGUGCUUCGACACGAUCGGUCUGCUCAACGGCCAUAUAUUAACGUAUCACACUGAAGGGAAGUACGUGUGUAAAAUAUGCAGUGAAGAUUGUGUGAACUGGCACAAGUUACGCAACCAUUUGGCGAUGGUGCACGGAGAGGAAACAGAGGCAUGUAAGAUUUGCGGGGAGAAGUUCCAAACCCUUUAUUUAAAGCAAAAGCACAUGAUGACAGCACACAACUCUGGACACAAGUGUCCUCACUGCGACAGAGUAUUCCACUUACGAUCGUUCAUGAACAACCACAUACGGAGAACACAUUUAAAGGAGAAAAACGUCCCGUGCCAUGUUUGCGGUAAAAGAUUCUUCAACAAGCUGACUCUGAGCGGGCACAUGGUGACGCACGACGCGAGUCUGCAGAGGCUGUAUCACUGCGAACACUGCGAGAAAGGAUUUACGAAGAAGAAGUAUUUGCGGCUUCAUAUUUCGAGGCACCAUGCGCAGUAGUGGGGCUUGAUAGCGACAAUAAACUCUGUUUUUGUUGGAUAUAAAAGUACACUCACGGGCAAAGAAACAGUUCCAGUUACAAAAUUCAGACACCAAAUGACCCCAAUUUUUAUUAUUAAUUACUUAGAAAUUUGAAAUAAAAUAUACGUUUUUAGUUGCUUAUUUUCUGAUGCAUCGUUAAAUGUAGUUAAAUAUUGCAGAAGGCGUCAUUAAGUAACUGUUUUCCGUUUAGGAGUAAUUUGGUGAUUUUCUCAAUGGAACUUUUUCAUUGCCCGUGAGUGUAGUUAUCGUAUCAAAGGCGGUCACAGAAUGGUGGCCUCGAGUCGGACGAAGAGCGGUUGUCAGACCACCUGCUAGAUGGUCCGAUGACAUCUGCAGGGCUGCGGGGAAGCAGUGGACCAGAGCGGCACAGGACCGGAAGAAUUGGCGUGCAAAAAAAGGAGGCUUAUACGCAACAGUGGGCGAUAGAAGGCUGAUGAUUAUGAAGAUUAAUUUGUACCACGCAAAGAAGCGUUACUGCUUGGUAUCUCUCAUUUAGACGUAGAUACUAACUUAUAAUAUUCUAUUAUAUACUAAUAUCUAUGUAUAACUAUAUCAAUCUGAAAGCUAUGCCACCUCCAGUAUCCUCUUUGUUGUAAAUUAAUUAAAAGUAUAUUAUUUAUCAUAAAUUGUUGUCAAAUAUG